UCGCCGCGGCUGAGAUCCCGGGUCCAAGAUGGAGUCUCUGAGCAAAGCGGGGCAGGACAUGAGCCUGGCGGCCUUAAAGCAGAACGACCCCUACAUCACCAGCAUCGCCGACGUGACCGGCCAGGUGGCCCUUUACCGCUUCAACCCCAAGGCCAACGAGUGGGAGAAGACUGACAUUGAAGGUACUUUAUUUGUAUAUAAAAGGUCUGCGUCACCUUACCAUGGCUUCACAAUUGUGAAUCGACUGAAUAUGCACAACUUGGUUGAGCCUGUAAACAAAGACUUGGAGUUUCAACUACACGAGCCCUUUCUUCUGUACAGAAAUGCUAACUUGUCAAUUUACAGUAUCUGGUUCUAUGACAAGAAUGACUGUCAUCGAAUAGCAAAACUCAUGGCAAAAGUAGUGCAAGAAGAAGCUCAGAGAUCCCAGCUGCUGUUCCAGGACAGAAGAAAUGUCAGCAGGAUUAAUGGAUGCACUGAUAUCCUAGAGAUGCUUAGCAAAGCUAAGGUUGAAUAUGAACAGAAUCAGAAGAGUGACCUCAUUUCUUGGACACAACCAAGUGCAAAUCCCACAAAGACGGAUAAUACGGAGAUUUCAGAGCAUGGAUCAUCAAUGUUACAAAUGCAAGACCAUCCAUGCUCGUCCAUACCAAAACACCUAACAGUGGAAGAGUUAUUUGGAACUUCAUUUCCAAAGGAACACAGUACAGUUCCCUACUCUAAUCCAGAGAGAACCAAGAAGCCUGACUCCUCAUGCAGAGAGCACAGUUUGCUCCUUCCUUUUUCAUUUGAGCAGUCGACUGUGAUCCAUCAGCCUCUGGGGAAACUGGAUGGCUCAAGCUUCAAAAGUAAUUCUUCUACCUUAUUGCCACAGGAGUGUAUGCCACCCUUACUGAUUGCCUCACCUUCUGCCCCACAACCUGAAGUGACUAAAGCUUCAAACUAUGCUGUGCAGCUAAGCCCUAACCUUAAUUCCACUCUGGCCACAGAAGCUCCCUGUGUGCAAAUGCUUCAGAGCGGCAGCACAAACAAUAACAUGCUGCAAGUUAUGCAGCAGGCUGCCAAGCAAAUGUCUCCGCUUGUGAAUCAGCAGCCGUCUGAUAUGAACCACGGUCCGCAGAACAUCACUCCCAGUCAGAACCAAUUCUUAACAUCUUUGGCUGCAACCAGUACAGAAAGUGCUUCGAACAUGCCGCUUCCAAAUACGGAUCUCCUUCAAAAACUCAGGUUGACCCCACAACAGGAUGUUAUGCAGCAGUCGGUAAAUAAAGUGCCAGUAGCGCCUAACGCUUCUUCUGCCGCUAGCCAGCUGGCAACCCCAGAUCGUUUCAAAGAAUCCCACACCAAACAAGCCCUGACUGGUAAAGCUAUUCCACCUGUUCAGGUUGCACAGCAAAGCAAGGAGCUUGAAACAUUUUCACACCCCAAAGCUUUGUCAAAAGCAAGCCAAGUUGCUUCCCCACAGUAUGCUGCAGCUACAACCACAAUGGCACCUUCAGUCCUCUUGUCACCUAGUGUGUUCCAGCAGUCAGCUAUGAAGUCCUCCGACAUCGAAAACAAAGUUGGUUCCUCUUCUCCUCUCACGCUUGGAGCAGUAGAUGUUCCAACAUUACCUCCGACAGUUCUUACUAGAUCUCAGCUUCAAGAAACUUUAAUAUAUCUAAUAAAGAACGAUGUGAAUUUUCUUAGUACGCUUCAUGAAGUUUAUUUACAAGUCUUGACCAAGAAUAUGGACAGCAUCAAACUAUAAUUGAAGUAAAUACAGUUCAACUUACCACCUAAUUGUUUCAGAAACAAUUAUGCCUCUUCUGUGAAACUGUUAAUAUUUUUAAAGGUUGUUUUUAGUUGAAGUUUUAAGUUUUGUUAAAGUAAGGAGACCUUGUCCCUUAAAAUUGCAUAACAAAUGUUCUCAGAAGUGAUCUAGGUUUCACUGUGACCAAUCACCAGCAGGCUUUUAUUUCUGUAUGCAGAAAAUGGUCUUCAUGUUUAAUAGCACAUUAUUUUUGAGUGGGUAAUAUGAAAAACUGUUUUGAUUUUUACUAUCUGGUACAUACAUUUAAAUAAUUAGGGUGAAUGUUGUCUAAGCCAUCUUCGUCAGUUGAGUAAAGAUAACAAGUUGUGAAGCUAGCUUCUGAUUUAAAGAGCUGUGGAAGGAAUGCAGAAGAUCAUUUUAGGGCUUUGGAAGGAAACAGUGGAAAGCAUUGUAAAAAUGCUGGGGGGGGUUAGCCUUGGAGCUGGAUGGACUCAGCAUGGUAUUGACCAUCAAAUUGACCCCCUUAAUAUGCAAUGCUGGCUUAUGCAUCCUUAUAUUUUACUAAGGCAAAAUCAAGGUGGAUUAUGAAAUACCCCUUCAACAAUACUUGCAGUGUGCUUAUAUUUUGCUAAUGAUACUAUUUUCAAGCAAAUAAUUUUUAAACAGAAAUGGAUGGAACAUCAUUGUGGUCACCUUAUUGUCCUUUCCAGGCUUAAUGCAAAUAUUGGAGGUUUGCCUGUAGCAUAGAUGAAAAGGAACCCAGAGAAGUGUGUAUAAUUUCAUUUGUGGUGUUUAAAAAUGGGCACAUAAACAUCAAAUGCAGUCUGCUCUUCUCCCCAUAUUUUCCCUCCAUUUGCAGGUUUUUGUGAGUUCUCAUAGAAGGUUAAGAUUUCAUUACCACUGUAAAGAUCAACCUUCUUCCCAAAGGAAGUUGCUCUGGUCUCCUUGUUGUUUUAUAUGCUGCUAUCGGUCUCUCCUUGACUUGUAUUUAUUUCAUUAUGGCAUGUGAUAGUAGCUAGCAAUACUCUAGUGUAACAUAAAUCUCAAUAUGUUCAAGCAAUACUAAUAUUAAAGGAUGGGGUGGUUUUUCAUUUUUUAGUAGAAGGUCUUUGUUUUAUAUUGUGAAAGGUAAUUUUGUAUUCCUUUUAACCGAUCAACACACACUGCUUAUUUGUCAAAGCAUUGCUGGAAUGGAGGAUCCAUGUGUUACAAUCAGUUUCUUGUGCAAGCCAUUGAAAUGAGUAGGGCUUGAUAAAAAGCACAGCCAGGAUCUUAUAAAGGCCCCCUUCUUUUGGUAGAGUUAGCAAUGGAAAAGGUCCUGAAUUAGAAUGUACCUGUUGCUCUUAAAAUUUAAAUGUAACAAUGAUCCCUUCAAGGUGCAGAUACUAUCUGUAAUUCAUCUACCAAGCUUUAAUUAUGAUUCCAUCACAAAUCAGUGUUUUGAUAUAUAGCGUGUUGGAUUUUUAAAAAUCAAAAUAUGUACUGCAUUUUGAGUGAUUUUAAGUAGGUGUUUUUAUGUUUAGCAAAAUCUGCCUUUUGAGAGAACCUCUUCGGCCUUUGAACUCAGUGUUUCUAGUUGCAAACAUAGUAUUUUAUAUCAGAUAUAUGUGCAGAAUUCAGGGAAAUAUGUUAGUAGUGAUAUACAUAUUCGACUAAUGUUUUGGCUUUAAUGGUAAAACUCAAAUACAUCUUUUCAGGCUUUCUAGACCUUUUUUAUUUUUAGGAAACAUGAGAGCUCUACUUAAAUGCUUGGACCUUUGAUAGCACACCCAUGUAUGUGCACCAACAAAAACAUGCUUGCUUAUUUAAACAGAAUUAUUCUGUAUGAAGCUUUUUCCUGGUGGGGUGUGGGGAAUUAAGCCACUGCAGUACUCUUCAGUUUAUUUUAAGUGGCUGUAUUAACCAUACCCCAUGAACCAAAUUUACCGUAUAUAAUGCUGUGUUUGUAGAUAAUAAAGACUCAAGAACAGUCCUUAAUUAUUGUGGAUGGAAAGAAGAACACCUUCUUAGCCAUAAGCAUAAUAUUAGAGGAAUAAUGAUAUUGAGCUGAAGUUGGUCACAAUGUUCAAAGUAAGCAUUGUAUCCAAAUAUCGGUGGAAAUGAAACCGAAGUAGCCAGUGUGGUGCCCUCCAGAUGUUGAACUGCAACUCCCUUACCACUGACCAUACUGGGUAGGGCUGAUGGGAAUAGUAAUCCAACAUCUGGGGGACACGUUGGCUACCCCUGAAAGGGUUCCCUGAUAUUGAAUGUACCAUUAUGGUUUUGUGACUUCAAGGGGUUAGAGAGAGAGAGUUUUGCUUCAGACAGCAUCACUCUUUCAAAGAAUAUUUGUCCCAGUACCCUUUGUCCUCCUGUUUACUAUUUUGCAUUAUACAGUAAUUCCGUAGAAACCUCAUCUGGUAGCUUGGCAGGUCAGAGUUCUCAACUGAUAGAAGUAUGUGCAACAUCAAGAAAUAGUUCUGUGGUUCCAAAGAAAAUUCCCUUAGCUAGAAGAAAAUUGAAUUUCACGUCAUUAACAUUUGUGUAUGUAGCAGGCUCAAGUUGGGAGAUCACAGGCAAACUACGCAAUACAAAGCAGCAUUCUGCUUUUAUUGCUUACUGUAGUGUGAGAAGUUAACAAACGAAACAAAACAAAACAUUUUAAGAAUUGCUUUGAAAAACAAAACUCUGCUGCAAGGUAAAAAUCGCAGAUGCUUACAAAAUGCAGAAAUCACUGGACAGCUUUCACCUGAUUACAUAUGGUCAUAUCCAACAGUAAUCAUACUCCAGAGUAAACCUAUUGAAAUUGAUGGAAUUAAGUUCCUUAAGUUGAAUGAUUACAAUAGGUCUGUUCUCAGUGCGAUUUAGUCUGUCAUCUCUUGUAGAAGUUUGGAGUUACAAUGAAACAUUUUAUUCUUGCUUGCAUGCAGCAGUAACAAAUACAUAGCUAACCGACUUGGGCCAUUCUUUUCAAGCUUAUAUUUUAGCAAGGUAUUAUUUCCCACAAGCAAACGUAUGAUUUUAGACAGCCCUAAAAUCAAUACUGUAUUCAGUAUCUAAGCAUGUAUUUUUUCGUUGCCUAUAUGCAGCAUUUUAUUACAAAUUGCUUAAUAUUUGUCCAUCCAAAAGUGGCUUUAAAACAAGCAGCUUACUCAAUAAUAACUCAUUGCUGUUUUGUUCUGUUGCAUUAACAAUGUUUUGUUAAAAAUGUGCCUAGCAACUCUGUAUUUGUGACACACCCGGCAAAAUGUAAACAGUCUGCUAAGAGCUAAGGCACAAUAGGACAGUAUGACAAGUAAAAGCUUGUCUUAUUCUGACGUAUGGGGUAGGAUUCAAAGUUUCUUCCAUGAACAGAAAAGCUCAUUCUGUGGAAGAGACAAAUGUUGCUGAAGGAAAGGGGAAAGGGAAAGUGAUCUUGCAGGUCCCCACUUCCUCCUUGGCUCCCCCAUGCUGCCUCAGUUUUCUGGAAGGUUCCUCAGGCCUCCAGAGUAGUUUUGGUAGAAAGGAGGAGUUGGUGGAAACAGCUUCCACAUUUCCAUCUUCUGAGAGUGACAUUUCACUCCCUGGAACUUUGGAUCUAAGCCAGAGAGUAUAAUCAUGUUUCAGGCACACUAAAUGGUAUCCCCCCCCCCCCGGGUAUUUCUCUUUUGCUUGGAUUUAGGGCAUUCCACCAAUGCCAUGAUUAGGCACGGGUAUAAUUAUAUUUAAUGUGGAGUGGUCUGACACAAAAACCCAGCCACCUCUUGUUGGCUUACAUGAGUUGCUUCUUAAGCAUAUCUUAAAAAGAGGAAUGUGUGCAAUAUAUAUUUCACCUCAGUUUUGGACAUCUUUCGUGAAAAAUGUUAAAAGGUGCAAUAUCUUCACUUUAAGUGGGAAACAUUUGCAAUAAUCUUCCCCCUGUGGUUUGUUUUUGUACCAAUUUAACAUUGUGGGCACAUGGUGGUUCUCUGUUAAAAAUGCACACUACACUCAGUGUUUGGGUUUAGCGCUUUAAUUUGUACUCGCAUGCAUAUCAAGAGUUUGAGGUGCUUCCGAUCUUUUGGAUUUUAAGUGAUUAUUUUAGGGAUACUGUGGGCAUGGUCCUGUUCCACAGGCACAGCAUUCACACCUGAAUGAUUCUUGGAGGAUCAAUAGAGCCCUGUUUCCCCAUUUUUUGUGGGCACAUAGGAAGUACAAGAGACCGUUAGGAAGAGGAAUGGAACUUUUGUACGCACGUCUUAUUCAUAUUCGUAGUCCUUGACUGCUUGGUUGAAGUUAUUCAUUCUUCUACGCACAUAUAUAGGUGGGGGUAUUGGGAGCUGAUAUAUAUUGAACUUGUUGGAAUCCGCUACAUAUUGGCGCUGCACUUGCGGUGGCCUGGAUUGUGCCCACUAGCAUUUGAGCAACUUUUAAAACUGUCACCAUAAUGCUUCAUUAACAUUUCAGUAUAUGGGUAUGUAAUUUGUGCCAUCUUAUUAUAUUGGCAAAUAUUAAGUUAUUGCAUAAAUGUUUAAGAAUAAGCAUUUUUCAUUGAAAAUUUUGUAUGUUUGCAGAUAUAUUUUUGUAAUAAAACUUCAAAGACAAAUGUUCUGGUCUGUCCUGAUGUCUUCUUGGUGGCAGUUCACUUUUUGAAAAGAGAGAGUCCAGCUUAGGAGAGCUGUUGAAAGCUUUUACGAAGGUUUGAUAAUUGGUUACCUGUCUUCAAAAACCAGACGUCUCUGCACUUUAACACGAAAAUGUGACUCUUGGUAUUGUGGCCAACUAACAUUGAGUAGACCCAUUGAAAUUAAUGGAUCUAAGUUAGUUGAGUCCAUUAACUUACAAUGGAUAUACUGUACUUGGACUAACAUUGAAUGCAACCCUAGAUUCUUGCAUCUGUGUUCCUUUUUGUUUGCGUUGCCAGCAGCCUUUCCCCUUCCUCACUCUCCCUUCCUGACCUUGGGGGAGAGGACGGGAGACUACACAUGGGGCAGGCGCUGCUUUGCCACACUCCUGGCUGCAUACCUUAAGGUAACGAAUAUAAGCCACACUUUAACUUUUCACGGUUGGAAUUGGGGGGGGGGGGAAAGGGUUAUAUUCAGGCCAAUAUGGUAAGUAAAUAGAACCAUACCCUCCCUGGAGCCUAACAAGGAUGUCAAUGAGGACAGAGGAAGUCCCAAAGAGACCAGAGGCUCAGUG